UUUUAUUCUUGCUGUUGUAUUCAACUAACAGCUCACUGGUUAAGUUUUAAUUGCUUCCAAUGAGGUCAGCAAAGGUAUUUAUCGAAAAGCCCUGAAUAAAAAGGCUCCACACACACACACACAAGCAUACACGCUCUCACACAGAGAGAAAAUCCUCUUGCCUGUUGAUUUAUGGAAACAAUUAUGAUUCUGCUGGAGAAUUUCUCAGCUAAGAAAUAGUUUGUAGCUACAGUAGAGAGGCUCAAGUUGCACAAGGCAGACAACAGACAUGGAAUUCUUGUGCAUCCAGCUGUUAUCAACAGAACAAAUAGGAAGAGGUCAAUGACCUAGGAGCAACAAUCAACUCAAGAUUUAAUUUUCAUUAUGUUAUUCAUGAACACCCGGAGCACUACACUAUAAUGCGCAAAUGGAUACUGACAUGGAUCCUGCCAACUUUGCUCUACAGAUCAUGCUUUCACAUUAUCUGUCUAGUGGGCACUAUAUCUUUAGCUUGCAAUGACAUGACUCCAGAGCAAAUGGCUACAAAUGUGAACUGUUCCAGCCCUGAGCGACAUACAAGAAGUUAUGAUUACAUGGAAGGAGGGGAUAUAAGAGUGAGAAGACUCUUCUGUCGAACACAGUGGUAUCUGAGGAUUGAUAAACGAGGCAAAGUCAAAGGGACCCAAGAGAUGAAGAACAACUACAAUAUCAUGGAAAUCAGGACAGUGGCAGUUGGAAUUGUGGCAAUCAAAGGAGUGGAAAGUGAAUACUAUCUUGCAAUGAAUAAGGAAGGAAAACUCUAUGCAAAGAAAGAAUGCAAUGAAGAUUGCAACUUCAAAGAAUUAAUUCUGGAAAACCAUUACAAUACAUAUGCAUCAGCUAAAUGGACACACAGUGGAGGAGAAAUGUUUGUUGCUUUAAAUCAAAAAGGGGUUCCUGUAAGGGGGAAGAAAACAAAGAAAGAACAAAAAACAGCCCACUUUCUUCCUAUGGCAAUAACAUAAUCAUAUAUGGUAUAAAAGAAACCAGUUCCAGCAGGGAGAUUUCUUUAAGUGGACUGUUUUCUUUCUUUUCUUUUUUUCUUUUCUUUUCUUCUUUUUUUUUUUUAAGUAACCAAGAAAGGCUGGAAAACUACUGAAAAACUGAUCAAGCUGGACUUGCGCAUGUAUGUUUAUUUUAAAAGACUGCAUUAAAGAAAGAUUUGAAAAAUAUACACAAAAUCAGAUUUAGUAACUAAAAGUUGUAAAAAAUUGUAAAGCUGGUUGUACAAUCAUGAUGUUAGUAAUAGUAAUGUUUUUUCUUAAAUUAAUUUACCCUUAAGAGUAUGUUAGAUUUGAUUAUCUGAUAAUGAUUAUUUAAAUAUUCCUAUCUGCUUAUAAAAUGGCUGCUAUAAUAAUAAUAAUGCAGAUGAUGUUAUAUAAGAUAUGUCAGACCUAAAGGCUGCUGGAAUGAUUUGUCAGAUAAUCAAGCCAACACUAACUAUGGAAGAUGAGCAGUAUCUGAAAGACUUUUUAGUGGCAAUUGUAAGCCACUUAAAUUCUAAUAAGAAAGGAAAGAAUAUUCUUAAAAAUUCUAUUAUGGAAUGGAGUCAAAUAAGUAGUUUUACAAAAGUAUAGUAUUAGAAUAUGCUUGUACCUAUUAACAAGAAGAAAAUUCCUAAUGCUGCUCAUAUGGAAAGGGUAUUGCUAAAAGGAUGUUUUCGAAAAUCUUGUAUAUAAAAUAGCAAUAAUGAUGAUAAUACUGUAUUUCAUCUCACUUGCCACAAAAAUAACAUUUUAUAAUCCCUAAAAGUAAAACUGAGAAACCUUUCAGUUUUGUUUCAAGUAAUAUAAUCUAUCUUUUGUAUAAUUCAUAUUUGGGAAUAUGACUUUUAAUAAUGUUCUUCCCACCAAUAUCAUGCUUUUUCUCUGUGGUUACAGCAUUAAACUCUAUUUUAAGUUGUAUUUGAA